UAUAAUGAACACCGGUUCACUUCAUUAAACUUCACUCUCAUUAAAACUCUUUUGCAGUAAUAAUCAUGUGUAUAUAGUACAACUACAUUAUUUCGUACUAAGUCAUAAGCUAUUUUCCAAGCGGUUUUCAUAACAGUCUGUUUUAGAGAAAAUAAUAAUUAUAUUUUUUUUUUGACAUAGACAUAAUGUUGACAGAUACGAUAGUAACUAUACCACCUGCUGCCAAACACUCAACGACGGUUGUAUUUUUCCACGGCCUCGGAGAAACAGGGAACUAUUGGGCAAGUACUUUAGAAAAACUGUGUAAACCACAUACAAAAAUUAUCUGCCCUACAGCGAAUAAAAUCCCUUUCACGCUGAUGAAGGGAUUUGCGACAUCAGCAUGGUUUGAUAUGGCUAGCUUAGACCAGACGGGUGAAAACGAAUCGGUCAUUCGUCGAGCCGCAAACUUGGUACAUGAUCUUUUGGACCAAGAGUUAUCUAAAACUCGAAUUCCAUCUAAUAAGGUCUUACUUGGAGGGUUUUCACAAGGCGGCAGUUUGGCUUUAUAUGCGGCACUCACUUACCACAAACCCUUAGCAGGAAUCCUGGUGUUAUCUUGUUGGUUACCUCUUCGUAAAAAAUUCCCUGAAGAAGCAACGAACAAUAUGGAUAUACCUAUUUUACAAUGUCACGGCACUAAUGAUCUAGUUGUAGAUUAUGAAAAACAUGGAAAAAGUUCGUCGGAUGUAUUGAAAAAUUUUGUUACCAAUCACAAGUUGAUCACUUAUCAGAAUCUACCGCACUGCACAAAUAAAGAGGAGUUGGAAGCGAUGAAAACAUUCAUUACCAAAGUUUUGCCAUGAUAUGGUUGAUUUCUAAUGUCAUUUUCUCCUCGCAAUGAUCUUGGUUAAUGGUAUAACUGCACGGUCGAAUUAAAUUAGUUAAAAAAAACAGUAGUUGAAUAUUUCUAGAAUUUGACAGUUAAUUAAGUGAAAGCUUUUUUAAUUAGUAUAAUACAAGGUGAUAAUUUUAAUGUGAACCACCCAAUAUCUCAUAGGGUUAGGUCGAAGGGGCCGGUAACCAUUUUUUUAAAACUUUAUAUCUCUUAUAACUUUAAAAAUAGUUGCUUAAAUCUAUAGUUAUCAACCAAUCAACAUUUUUAGUACCUACAUUACUCUCAGUUUAAAAAGUAAACGAAAUUUAUGCGUUACCCAUUUAAGUUUCAAAAGCUGCUAUGAAAAAACUAAGUAAAAACAAAACAAAUUUUAAAUAAACAUAACAUUAAAAAAAAAUUCUUUUUAAACCCUAUGAGAUAUUGAUUGAUUCAUGAUAAAAUGAUCACCCUGUAUAACUUUUAGGUGCGAUAAUAAUAACAUUAUGU